UUCAGGCAGUACUUCAAUAUACUACACCACCACUCGGGCAUAUUUUCGGGCACCUACAGGUCCUUCUUCCUUUUCCUCGUCCCUGAGCGAGCCGACGCCAAGAUGAACGAGACCGUCACUGUCAGGACCAGAAAGUUCAUGACAAACCGGCUGCUUCAAAGGAAGCAAAUGGUUGUCGAUGUCCUGCAUCCAGGCAAAGCAACAGUCCCCAAGACAGAGAUCAGGGAGAAGCUUGCAAAAAUGUACAAAACCACCCCAGAUGUGGUGUUCGUCUUCGGCUUCAAAACUCAGUUUGGCGGUGGCAAGACAACUGGGUUUGGAAUGAUCUACGACUCAUUGGACUUUGCAAAGAAAAAUGAGCCCAAAUACAGGCUGCAAAGGCAUGGCCUUUAUGAGAAGAAAAAGACCUCUAGAAAACAGCGCAAGGAACGCAAGAACAGAAUGAAGAAAGUUAGAGGCACCAAGAAAGCUUCUGUUGGUGCUUCGGGCAAGAAGAAGGUAAAUACUUUCACAAGUAGACUAACUGCUGUGGAAGGAGAGUCUGGAGUGAUAUGUCAAGUUAACUCCAAACAUUUAGCUGCUAUGUUGAUUUAUAAUGCUAUUGACCAGUAUGUGAUUGGAAGCUAUUAUUAUAGGCACUUCUGUUUAAUCCCACUCGAGUAGUGAACUAGUGUGCUC